AUGGGGGGCGCCGAAGUUUACUGUGCCAUAUGUGGCGGACCCGUCAACGUGCCCUAUUGGGAGGAUGGAUUCGAGGAAGAGUACACAUACGAUCCCACAGUCGUGCAGGAGGACAGGAGCGACUUGGAAUGGCUGAAAGACGUCAGAGUCAUUGGCGAAGAUCCGGCAAGUACUGGACUGAGCAGGAUCUGGGUAUCUGGCGUUGCAAGCCAUGACGACCAUGGCUACUUCGAUCUGGAAGAAGGCGACCCCGUGAUGGAACUAUUCGGGGAAGAAUCCCUGCGAACGUAUGCGUACAAAGGUCAUCACUCGUUUGCUGUGCCUUACCACCAGACAUGCCGGACACUACUAGCCAAGUACCUCAAUCUCGAGGGUGAUGCCAUUGACAUUGACGGAAAUGAUGACAAUGGAAAUGACAGAAGUGACGACAUUGACAACGACAUAUUCUUCCAAGUUUUGCGUCAGUUGGCGGAUACUUCAGAGUAUGCACAAGCCCUGAAGCUGGACUACGGGAGCGUGUCCAAGAACCAGGAGCAGUAUUGGGUCGUGAGCCGCGGCGAGGAACACUUCGUGCAUUCGCCGUUGGACAUCCCGCGGCUUGAGCAGUACUUUAACAGACUGCCUGCUCCUGAAGAACUUACCUGGUAUAAUUAUAGGCCAGAUUAUGAACUUGGUUAUGAUCCGAUCUCCGCGCUCCCAAUAGAGCUCCGCUUGUCUAUCCUUCGCUAUCUUGACAUGCCGAGCGCUCUGCGCCUGUUCCAGACAUGCAGAGCACUCUACAGCACACAAGGAUCCAAUUCGUGGUGGAGGCGCAGGUUAUUGGCAGACAUGCCCUGGCUGUUCGAAGCCUCCCCCAUCGAGGAAGUUAUCACGCAGCAUUGGGAUCGGGUGUACAAAGACAUGUGGUGGGCAAGCAGGCAUACACGCGAUACACCCUAUCUGCGAGAGAACCAUUGGUAUCAAUCCCUUGCUCACAUGAAGAUGACCGGCCUUGCGAACCGUCGCCGCAUCUGGGAGGAGAUUCUGCCCCAGAUAGCCGGGCCGUACGAAAAGCUGCAGAAGGAAAAAGCUCAGAUAGAUCUUCCCGACAUUCUCAAGGGCGCAAGCUCCACAGGUCUGCGAAGACUUAUCAGGCCAGAGCCUGAAGUCAACUCCUCCUUCAGGUACUAUUUCGCGCAGUCCAUCGCAGGACUAAAGGAUGCCCAUAUUGAGUUUCAUGUGCACCUUGACCAGGAGCAGUUCAUCAGGGGCCUUCAUUUUGCAGGGCAGCAGAGUUCUGAGCAAGGCGAUCUGACACAAGACGCCUUCAACUUUCCUACCACUGUUGAAUCUGUCCAAGUACCAGCCAAUGACUGCUUGACCGGCAUCAUCGUGACGAGCCGCGAGUUCCCAGACGGCGAAGAAGGCUCUCGAAAGAUUGUUGGCAUGGAGUUUCUGCUCGGAAGCUCCACGUCUCAGCAAGUCGGAUCAACCGAUGGUGACAGACGCCUGAUCCAUGUUUCGAAGGACCACUUUGCCGUCGGAAUCGAGACUUUUAGCUCACCAGAAGGCGGGCUCUCGAGACUCUCCUUGCUCCAACAACCCACGCUCCUCUCUCACGGCAUUGGCAGAUUCCGCUCGCAAGGUUCGACCCCGGACCACGUGAACCUCGAGGCCGCCAAGUUCCUCUGGCGCAAGCACAUCCCCCCUCCUGGAUUACAGAUUUCAGAUCAUAGCUCAGGGUAUUGGAGUUAUGCGAUGGAAAAGGACCUCAGUCCCAUGGAGCCACUUAUAUUUGGGACGACAGAUGCAGAGCUCGCAGACAUCACAGCUAUUUCCAUCGAUGUGCUGUUUGGAGGGAUUGAAGUGCAGUAUGGAAACCGUCCAACCCGCUCAAUUGGGUCUCGCCACCUCGCAAUGAAGUCUCUGAUCAUUGACGGGCAAGGCGGAGAAAGAGUCGUCGCCCUAAACUACGUCGUGAAGCAUAUCCCCAAGGGGAUACACAUUGUCACGAACUACGGUCGAGAGCUGGUUGUUGGUCACUCGAGUCAAAGGCCAGAGGAGCUGGUGCAGUACCCUCCUCGAGAUCCUGAAACAGAGCAAUCUACAUAUCUCGUUGGAAUGUACGGAUGGUGGACUAGUCGUGACACACCAAAGGCUAGACUCGAGGCCGUCGGGUGCCUCUUUGCUGCUGAACUGGACGGCAAGCACCAGAGUGUACCCGAGAUGCCUGACCUCGCCCCCGGUCAAGGCCGUAUAUGGGAGCCCUCAGCUCCGACCGGCGUGCGAGUGGUAGGUCCAAUUCUUGGCGAUUUCUCUGUGAAGGAAUCGCUGGGGAUAAAUAGCCGGAAUCUCGAGGCAUUGGAUCGUUGCCCGACACGCUCCUGGCUUGAUUGCAGUCGACCUCUCUUGGAGCUGCGAGUGAUACUCUGCCACAGCUUCGACGAAAAGCAAGUCCCACUGUCUGCUAUCACCUUCAAAUUCGCCGAUGGCGCGAAGGAAGAGCUGACCAUUGGCCCGGAAAUACGUCCACAGUCUCCUAUUGACACCCAAGGAGAUGGCAACGACUGGUGCUGGUGCUCCCUCAGUGGACAUGGAAGGAAGACUGAAGACGAGAGGAGCGUCCAUCCGCACUAUCGGCGUCAUGUUUGGGAACUGGGAGGUAAGCGUCUUCAAAGCUUACGGGUCUUUCUCUCGCCCAUUGAUGAAGAAGUUGGGCGCGGUAGUCGGCUUUCAGGUGUUCAAUUCAUUGCAGAGGAUGGUUCAGAGUCUCCCAAAUGGAGCCAUUGGAAUUUCUCUUCGGAUGAUGCCUAUAUGAUUGAGAACAUAACAUUUACAGAUGGAAAGAUUGGUCUGAAACUCUUUGUGGGUGAGACUCGCCGCUCGGUCACCUACGAGGAUCCAAUCGUCUAUGCUCUACAAGCUAUGGAGAGGCUGGCCUGA